CUUCGUCGCUGCUGCCUCAGUCGCCGCUGCGGUCGCCGCGGAACUCUGCAAGUAGAACGGCUGAGGCGGGCCCGGGUUGGGCCGGGUUCCGGCCAUCCUACAGAAUGGAGAUAAUCAGAAGCAAUUUUAAGACUAAUCUUCACAAAGUGUACCAGGCCAUAGAGGAGGCGGACUUCUUUGCCAUCGAUGGGGAGUUUUCAGGAAUCAGUGAUGGACCUUCAGUCACUGCAUUAACAAAUGGUUUUGACACUCCGGAAGAAAGGUAUCAGAAACUUAAAAAGCAUUCCAUGGACUUUUUGCUGUUUCAGUUUGGCCUUUGCACUUUUAAGUAUGACUACAUAAAUUCAAAGUAUAUAAUAAAGUCAUUUAACUUCUAUGUUUUCCCGAAACCCUUCAAUAGAUCCUCACCAGAUGUCAAAUUUGUUUGUCAGAGCUCAAGCAUUGACUUUCUAGCAAGCCAAGGAUUUGAUUUCAAUAAAGUUUUUCACAAUGGAAUUCCAUAUUUAAAUCAGGAAGAAGAAAGACAGUUAAGAGAGCAGUAUGAUGAGAAACGUUUACAGUCCAAAGGUGCAGGAGCUCUAUCAUAUGUGUCUCCUAACACAUCCAAAUGUCCUGUGACAAUUCCUGAGGAUCAGAAGAAGUUUAUUGACCAAGUGGUAGAGAAAAUAGAAGAUUUGUUACAAAGUGAAGAAAAUAUGAACUUGGACUUAGACCCAUGUACAGGGUUCCAAAGAAAACUAAUUUAUCAGACUUUAAGCUGGAAGUAUCCCAAAGGCAUUCAUGUUGAAACUUUAGAAACUGAAAAGAAAGAGCGCUACAUAGUUGUCAGCAAAGUAGAUGAAGAAGAACGCAAAAGAAGAGAGCAGCAGAAACAUGCUAAAGAACAGGAAGAACUGAAUGAUGCUGUGGGAUUUUCUAGAGUCAUUCAUGCCAUUGCUAAUUCGGGAAAACUUGUUAUUGGACACAAUAUGCUCUUGGAUGUUAUGCACACAGUUCAUCAGUUCUGCUGCCCUCUGCCUGAGGACUUAAAUGAAUUUAAGGAGAUGACAACAUUUGUUUUCCCCAGACUCUUGGAUACUAAACUGAUGGCCAGCACACAACCUUUUAAGGAUAUCAUUAACAACACAUCCCUUGCAGAAUUGGAAAAGCGGUUAAAAGAGACACCUUUCAACCCUCCUAAAGUUGAAAGUGCAGAAGGUUUUCCAAGUUAUGACACAGCUUCUGAACAGCUCCAUGAGGCAGGCUAUGAUGCUUAUAUCACAGGACUGUGUUUCAUCUCCAUGACAAACUACCUAGGUACUCACUGUUCUUUUCUUAGUCCUCCAGAAAUUCAUGUGUCUGCCAGAUCAAAACUCAUUGAACCUUUUAUUAACAAGUUAUUUCUUAUGAGAGUCAUGGAUAUUCCCUAUCUAAACUUGGAAGGACCAGACUUGCAACCUAAACGUGAUCACGUUCUCCAUGUGACAUUCCCCAAAGAAUGGAAAACCAGUGACCUUUAUCAGCUUUUCAGUGCCUUUGGUAACAUUCAGAUAUCUUGGAUUGAUGACACAUCAGCAUUUGUUUCUCUCAGCCAGCCUGAGCAAGUACAAAUUGAUGCUGUUUUCAUCUCGUUUGUAGGCAUGUCUUCUGGGUAUGCUUUCAUUGGCCAUCCAGCUGUUAAUACCAGCAAAUAUGCAGAAAGCUAUCGGAUUCAGACCUAUGCUGAAUAUGUGGGGAAAAAACAUGAGGAGAAGCACAUCAAGAGAAAGUGGCCAGAAGAUAGUUGGAAGGAGAUUGAGAGAAAGCGAUUAAACAAUCAGUGCAUAUCCUGUGCUCUGCAGAAUCACUAUUACCGCACCAGUAGUCGUACAACUACCAGCACAGGAGGAAAGAGGAAGCUGAGUCCCAGUCACGCAGAAGCUGGGUUGGAGGCCAGAGUAUCGGGAGAGAUUUCUGACCUUGAGCUUGAGCAGACAGAUUUCUGUGCAGAAUCCCUCCCCGAGGGAAGGAAAAAGACCAAGAAAUGUAAACGAAUGAAGAAGGAUCUUUCUCCAGCAGGAAGCAUCUCGGACAGCUCUGCCAAGCUCUUUGAAGUUCCUGACACGUGGUAACCAAGACCCGAGAGAAAUAAGUCGCGGCUGCUGUCGCUGGGAAAGAACCGGCCAGCACAUUGGAAGCCAUACUGUAUUUAAUAAGUGCAGUGUGGGAGGGGUUUGAAAACACGUGUGUCUCCUGAAGGAAACUCAGCUUU